UACGGGCCAAUAUAAAGCAGCAGAUCUCCCAUAGCAUGAGCACUGAACUUCAUCAACACCUCCACUUCAUCUAUACACUCCAGCGUCAAAUACAGACACUUCUUCAGAUUCAUCAUGAAAUCCCUCGUUUUGUUGGCAUGUGUCAUUGGAGUGGCCCUCUGCGCUCCGCAAAUGCUGUACUACGAGUUGGAGUACAAGCCCGUCCGUGUGGCUCCACAGGCUCUUGCUGCCCCGGGUGCCCCCGUCGCUGCUGCUGCUGCCGUGCCCUCUGAGGUGGAGAUCCUCCUGGCUCAGCAGGCAGCUGCAGCUCACGCCCUUCCUGCUCGUGGCUUCAUCAAACACGAGAUUCCCCAGCCUGCAGGCAGAGAUAGCAUUGAAGUUCUCUACCCAUUCGGCUUUGCUCCCGCUGCCCCAGCCGCACCUGCUGUCCCAGUUGCCCCUGUAGCUCCUGUUGCCCGGGCCCCUCUUCCCAGGAGUGAUGAUGAUGAUGAGAACGAUGACUAAAAACAGACAAUCUGAUGAGAAGCUGACUACUACACUUAAAAGCUAAAGACAAAAAAAGCUGCUUUUAAUGUUUUAGUCA